GCCCCCCGAGGGCCGCUCCUCCCCGGCGCUGCCAUAAAGGAGGCUGCCCCUUCCGCGCUGCCUGCCCGACUGCUGUCUGGCGCUGCUGGGCGAGAGGAGUUCCCACCUCCCGAGGAGGAGACCCCGUGACAGGAGCUCGGCGGGAUGGCAAAAUGCGGAGGCUGCGGUCCCGGGUACAAAACUCCUUUGGAGGCAAUGAAAGGCCCCAGGGAAGAAAUUGUGUACCUGCCCUGUAUCUACAGGAACACUGGAAUCCAGAAGCCAGACUACUUAGCCACGGUUGACGUGGAUCCUAACUCUCAAACCUACUGCCAGGUCAUCCAUCGCUUGCCUAUGCCCAACGUCAACGAUGAGCUCCAUCACACCGGGUGGAACGCUUGCAGCAGCUGUUUCGGAGAUGCCACCAAGAAGCGGAACAGACUGAUCCUCCCCUGCCUGAUCUCCUCCCGGAUCUACGUGGUGGACACGGGCACCGAGCCACGGGCUCCCAAGCUCCAUAAGGUAAUUGAGCCUGUGGACCUGUACUGGAAUUGCAACCUGGCCAAUCCACACACCAGCCACUGCCUGGGUACCGGCGAAAUAAUGAUCAGCACCAUGGGAGACCCUUCUGGCAACGGGAAAGGCGGCUUUGUUCUGUUGGACGGAGAGACCUUUGAGGUAAAGGGGAAGUGGGAGAAAGGCCCCAAGGCCCCCCCACUAGGCUACGACUUCUGGUACCAGCCCAGACACAAUGUCCUGAUGAGCACCGAAUGGGGAGUGCCCAAAUGCCUGGCGUACGGGUUCAAUCCAGCCGACUUGGAAAAAGGCCGCUACGGGGGUCAAGUUCACGUGUGGGACUGGACCACCCAUGAGCUCGUCCAGUCCAUUGAUGUGGGGAAGAAUUCCAUCCCGCUUGAAAUCCGCUUCCUCCAUGAUCCGGCUGCUUCACAGGGAUUUGUCGGCUGUGCCCUCAGCAGUGCAGUCCAUCGUUUCUACAGGACUGAGGUAGGAACGUUACUCAGCCUUUUCUUGAUUGUUGAGAAAGGGUUGGAGAAGAGGAAUCGAACCCUUGUUUGGUUUGUAAAAGGGCUCAGAGUCCGUGCUGGGCAUCUCCCCCUGGUUUCUUAG